AUGGCGUCCAAAAACAUCUUUGUCCUAGACCCUUACCACAAGGAUGCAAUCGCUCUACUUCAGUCAACACCCGGUCUGGACCUCGUUCUGCCAGAUGAUCCCCGACGGUCCCAGUGGCGUGCUGAAGCAGAUGGCAUCAUCGUUCGCUCGGAGACACACAUCACUGCCGCCGACUUUGAAGCUGCAUCACGGCUAAAAGUGGUGGUGAAACAAGGCGUGGGCGUCGACAACAUCGAUCUCCAGGCCGCAAAGUCCGCCGGUGUUGCCGUUCACAACACGCCAGCUCUGAACUCCGAGGCCGUGGCAGAGUUAUCAUUGGCUCUUGCCCUGUCAUUGAGUCGACGUGUGACUGAUAUCGACCGAAGAAUCCGAAAAGGCGAGCGCGUCAUUCGGAGUCAAGCUCUAGGCCUUAGCCUGUUUCAUAAAACCGUGGGAAUCAUUGGAAUGGGCAAUAUUGGGCGCGAAGCCGCGAAAAAGUGGGCAGGCGCUUGUCAGUCCACUAUCAUCGGGUACGACCCGGUCGCUCCCCAAGAUGUCUGGCAGGACAUUCCUCAUCGACGGGUGAAGGAUCUCAAAGACUUGAUACGAGAGUCGGACGUUGUUACCCUGCACGUUCCUCUCCUCCCAUCCACGAGGGGAAUGAUUGGCGCGACCGAGUUGGAGCUCAUGAAAGACAAUGCGAUUUUGAUCAACACCGCCCGAGGUGGCCUCGUCGAUGAAAAGGCCCUUUUGGGGGCGUUGAAACAGCGACGCAUCUGGGGCGCCGUCCUUGAUGCGAUGGAGACGGAGCCUCCUACGUUGGAUGCCUACUCGGAGCUCCUCGAGCUUGACAAUGUUAUUCUUACACCUCAUAUCGGUGCGUCUACCAUUGAGAACCAAAGUAAUAGUGGUAUUGCGGUGGUAAAGAUUCUUUUGUCUGUGCUUGCAAACGAGAAGCAUGUCGCCGGGAAACUCGUAUAA